UGAUUUACGAAAUUUCAGAAAACUAAUCGAUUUUUGUACUUUUAUCCAAUAAACUUUAAAAAUGAGACCUUUUCAACUACUUCAAAUUAUUACUCUAAAUUUGCCUCUUUUUUACUUGAGAGUUUGUGGCUGCUACCGACUGCUGCUGCUGAGCUUCACUUUCAAUUCUUGAUUUUUUCCUGGAGAUACCCAGUUGGUGUUUUGGUUCUUGGUGCUUGAAUUGAAGCUAAAGAUUGUGCUUGAGGUGAUCAAAGUUAAGUUCUUUUCUUGCUUUUAGUAACAUUUAUGCCCAUUUUAGAGAUACCCUCUUGUUGUUUUGGUUGUUGGAGUUUGAAUUUGAUGCUAAAGAUUGUGCUUGAUCAAAAUUCAAUUUCUUUUUUACUUUAAGUAACUUUUAUGUUCAGAUUUAAGAGAUACCCACUUGUUGUUUUGGUUCUUGGAGCUUGAUUUGAAGGUAAAUAUUGUGCUUGAGUUGAUCAUAUUUUAGCUUCUUUUGUUGUUUUUAGUAACUUUAAUGCUCAUUUUAGUGAUACCUAGUUGUAGUUUUGGUUCUUGGGGUUUGAAUUUGAAGCUUAAGAUUAUACAUUGAGAGCUUAUUCAAGCUCUUCUACAGAGUAGAUAGUUCAAUUUCAUUACAUGUUUGACUAGUGGAUUCGGAAUUUCGAGUCCAUGGGUGUAGAGUAUUCCUUUAUUACAAGUGUAAACACAUAUUUUUCAAAAUCUAGUUUAUGUAGGCGAUACCAGUUAGUUAGGAGUAUAUAUCUUUUAAUCAUGAUCAAUACUUUUCAUUUUAGAUUCUAUCUAUCUAAGAGUUCUUUUAGCUCCAAUUGAGAUUCUUAUGCCGGUAGAAAAUAUAGAGAACUUCUAGUACUUCUCAUUUUCUUGUAUAAUGUUGGCCAGAGAUAGAAUUUAAAUGGGAAACAUGGUCAGUGUUCAUAUUGCUGAGUUGACUGCAACUUGUUUGAGACCGAGGCGUAGUUGUUGUUUAUGUUUAUGUAGUGAUAAAUGGGAUACUUUGCCUCUAGUUUUAUAACCUUUAAUCUUUUCAAGAAAUAUAUAAAAUUUUCAAAUCGUUUCAAUAGGUAUAGUUUGAGUGGAAGGCAGUAGGGGCGGCCAAAACGUCCUUCUGCUUUAGAUUUUCAAGUACUUCUCUGUGUGUCGAUAAAUAUUAACAAGUAAGAAUUUUUACGAAUUAUCGAUUUUUAUGCAGGAAAUCGUGAAGCAGAUUCUUGAAUUGCUAUGAUGGCAGAGUUGUGAAUCCAUCAAAUUAUAAUUAAAAUUUGGAUUUGACCAUUUAAAGAGAAAACACUUUUUAAUGGGAAUUCGUUUAUAUUCAGAAUUUGAAUUCAAGACGUCUGAUUAAAUGUGAAUAGGUUCUAUUGAUCCUAUCACAAUUCUGAUUCAAAAUGCAUAAUUUUUAAUUUAUUUAUUUUUGUAAUAUAACAGACCAUAUUAUUUGCACUUGUUGCUUGGGAAAAUUGGCCUAACUUAUAUAAGAGUUAUUGAUUUUGAGGUGAACUUUUAGAAUGAAGUACAGCUCGGAGUUUCAGUAUCUGCGUCAAAUUGAUAAAAGGAAAUGGAUUUUGGUAGUGGUUUUGGUGGCUGUGACUCAUUUAUUUUGUCAGACCUUGAUGCUUCCGUAUGGAAAUGCUCUUCAUUCUCUGUUAUAUGAGAGCAAUAUUCUGCUACCUGAAAAGAUAAGUUUGUCGAGUAAAGAAUCUUCUGUCGUUGAAUCUGCAAAGAUUGGUGAAAGCCUUUCAGGAAAGCUUUCAAGCUUUGAUGAUGUACAUAUGUUGGCUCAUCGCUUGAAAACUGUGGACAAUGGUGAAAUCGACGAGAGCAUAAAUGAGAAGGAUGAGGUAAAACCUCCUACCAAUCAUCCAGUUGGCAAAUCCCUGGAAAAUGACUCUGAUUUUGUUGAAGAUGCAACUAUUGAGAAUGAUAAUCUAUUUGAUGAUGUGGUGGACGUGGACGAGGAAACUACAAUGCAGAAGAACGAUGAAUCUAGACGGGACCUUUCUUUAGAGCAGGUUGUAAAACCAAAUGGUGAACUUUCAGCAGACUCUGAGUUAGAUGCAAAUCAAAAUAGUGUGCUUAAUGAUACUAAAGCUGCAAGUGUGACUAACUCGUCGUCUGUGGUUGCUUCAAACCAUCUAGAUCACUUGCCGUUGGUUACCAUAGAUGAAAUAAACUUCAUUCGUACUACUAGGUAUCCAACAGGAGAUUUGACUCAACUUCUCCAAAAUCAUGGAAAUCAUUCGUUGGUGCAAAGUGAUACCACUGUCUCAAGCAAUGGGCUUAUGAUGAUGAAUAGUACAGUCAAAAAGAAGAUGAGAUGCAUGUUGCCGCCAAAAACAGUAACUUCAAUCUCUCAGAUGGAAAGGUUACUCGUUAGGCAUCGUGCUCGUUCACGUGCUAUGAGACCUAGGUGGUCCUCGGAACGUGACCAGGAAAUUCUGUCUGCUAGGUUACAGAUUGAGAAGGCUCCACUUCUGAGGAAUGAUCGAGAACUUUAUGCUCCCGCCUUUCGAAACUUGUCCAUGUUCAAAAGGAGUUAUGAACUCAUGGAGCGGAUUCUCAAAGUUUAUGUCUACAAGGAAGGGGAGAAGCCCAUUUUUCAUCAACCAAUAAUGAAAGGAUUGUAUGCAUCCGAGGGAUGGUUCAUGAAACUAAUGGAGGGAAACAAUAAGUUUGUUGUGAAGGAUCCCCGAAAAGCUCACUUGUUCUACCUGCCCUUUAGUUCAAGGAUGCUGGAGCAUUCUCUAUACGUUCGUAAUUCUCAUAAUCGAACAAAUCUACGCCAGUAUUUGAAGGAAUACUCAGAGAAGAUUGCAGCAAAAUACCGUUUCUGGAACAGAACCGGUGGGGCUGAUCAUUUUCUCGUUGCAUGCCAUGACUGGGCUCCGUAUGAAACGAGGCAUCACAUGGAGCACUGUAUCAAGGCCCUCUGCAACGCUGACAUAACCUUAGGCUUCAAAAUAGGAAGGGAUGUGUCCCUUCCGGAAACAUAUGUCCGGUCUGCUAGAAAUCCUCUAAGAGAUCUCGGAGGAAAGUCACCGUCUCAAAGGAAAGUUCUUGCAUUCUAUGCUGGGAAUAUGCAUGGAUACUUGCGUCCAAUCUUGCUCGAGCAUUGGAUGGACAAAGAUCCCAAUAUGGAGAUCUUCGGUCCAAUGCCAAGUGGCGUUGCUAGCAAAAUGAACUAUAUCCAGCAUAUGAAGAGCAGUAAAUUCUGCAUCUGCCCAAAGGGAUAUGAAGUCAACAGCCCGAGAGUAGUAGAAGCCAUAUUUUACGAAUGUGUGCCAGUGAUCAUAUCAGAUAAUUUCGUGCCUCCCUUUUUCGGAGUCUUGAAUUGGGAUGCAUUCUCGUUAAUCCUAGCUGAGAAGGAUAUUCCGAACUUGAAAAGCAUACUUCUCUCCAUACCGGAAAAGAAGUAUCUCGAUAUGCAACUAGCUGUCAGGAAGGUUCAGCGCCAUUUCCUUUGGCACUCAAAGCCGGUAAAAUACGACUUGUUUCAUAUGACUCUUCAUUCAAUUUGGUACAAUAGAGUUUUUCAAACGAAAGCGAGAUGAAAGUUUCUCCAGAUGCAUGUGAUUCACAAGUUUGAAUACAUUAUGGUUACAAUUGUUUUCCUACUAUGAUGCUCUGGCACUUUUAAAAUGUCAUCAGGUCUGUAUUGGAUCCUCCAAAAGUAAGUGCAUUUUUAGAGGAUUUAAUAUGCGUGCAACAGUAUUUUUGGAGAGUCGAGCCACAUAGGUUUCCUAGCCUCCAAAAAGAUGAGCUUUGGAGAGGAACUGUUCCCUUGUAUAUUGUACAGCAGUUUUUUGUUGUUUUUUUUGCAUGAAGUUGUACCAUAAUCUGCUUGAAGUAAAAAUAUGGACUUAAACUUUUGUUCCAUUAAAGAUAGGUGAUUUUGCUAUUA